CACAGGGAGUUCCGUUUCACCUCCGAGGUACCGAUCUGGCUGGACUAUCACGGCAAACAUGUCACCAUGGACCAGGGUACGUUUGCCGGGAUCCUGAUUGGCCUCGCUCAGCUCAACUGCUCGGAACUCAAACUGAAACGUCUGUGCUGUCGUCACGGGCUGCUGGGAGUGGACAAGGUGAUAAACUAUGCUCUGAGCGAGUGGCUGACGGAUAUCAGGAAAAACCAACUGCCCGGGAUUCUGGGCGGGGUUGGCCCCAUGCACUCUGUCGUUCAGCUCUUCCAUGGGCUCAGAGACCUGUUCUGGCUCCCGAUCGAGCAAUACCGUAAAGACGGGAGGAUUAUGCGGGGUCUGCAGAGGGGGGCAGCUUCCUUCGGCACCUCAACAGCCUCGGCUGCCCUCGAGCUCAGCAACCGACUGGUCCAGGCCAUUCAGGCGACAGCAGAGACGGUGUAUGACAUCCUCUCGCCCACCCCCCCCAUUACCAAGGCCUUGACUGAUCGCAGACACCUGAGGAGAUCGCGGAGAGGACAACAGCCGGCUGACCUGAGGGAGGGGGUGGCCAAGGCUUACGACACCGUCCGAGAGGGCGUGUUGGACACGGCCCUCACCAUGUGUGACGUGGCCGCCCGGGGGCACGAGCAGAAGGGGCUGACGGGGGCGGUGGGCGGGGUCCUGAGGCAUCCCCCCACGGUGGUCCGGCCUCUGAUCGUGGCGACGGAGGCCACCUCCAGCCUCCUGGGGGGCAUGAGGAACCAGAUCCGACCUGACGCCCGCAAGGACGACAGUUUAAAAUGGCGAUCGGAGGAGAACCGGGAAUAGUGAGCCUGGAAAACCAGCCGGGAAUAGCAACCCGUGAAGGCCUCUCCCGGCUCCGACACUGACUGACUCUCUCUCCUCCC